CCUCUUCUGGCUGCAGUCACUCCACUGCCUGGCGUGACCAGCUGCAGCCACCCCGCCAAGGUCUCCCACCACCUGGUCUUGCCUUGGCCUCUAGCUCUGACCCCUAGCCGGCUGUGAACCGGGGUCACCAGAGAUGGCAGAUGUGAGUGUCCUCAAGAACAGGAACGUGGCACAGGAUGGAAUUGAUCCUGCAGUAAAAAUGAGCUGCAGAGCUGCUGUGGGAGAGAACUGCAAGGCUGACUGCCCUCCAGGGAACCCAGCGCCUGGGAGCAAUCAUGGCCCAGAAGCCACAGAAGCCGAAGAGGAUUUUGUGGACCCAUGGACAGUACAGACAAGCAAUGCGAAGGGCAUCGACUACGACAAGCUCAUUGUCCGAUUCGGAAGCAGUAAAAUUGAUAAAGAGCUGAUCAACCGCAUAGAAAGAGCCAUCGGCCAGAAACCACACCACUUCCUGCGCAGAGGCAUCUUCUUCUCUCACAGAGACAUGACUCAAGUUCUCGAUGCCUAUGAAAAUAAGAAGCCAUUCUACCUGUACACGGGCAGGGGCCCCUCUUCGGAAGCCAUGCACUUGGGCCACCUCAUCCCGUUCAUUUUCACCAAAUGGCUGCAGGAUGUGUUCAACGUGCCCUUGGUCAUCCAGAUGACAGAUGACGAGAAGUACCUGUGGAAGGAUCUGACCCUGGACCAGGCCUACGGCUAUGCCGUGGAGAAUGCCAAGGACAUCAUCGCCUGUGGCUUUGACAUCAAUAAGACUUUCAUAUUCUCUGACCUUGACUACAUGGGGGCGAGCCCAGGCUUCUACAAGAAUGUGGUGAAGAUUCAGAAGCAUGUGACCUUCAACCAAGUGAAGGGCAUUUUUGGCUUCACCGACAGCGACAGCAUUGGGAAGAUCAGUUUUCCUGCCAUCCAGGCCGCUCCCUCCUUCAGCAACUCCUUCCCACAGAUCUUCCAGGACAGGACAGAUGUCCAGUGCCUUAUUCCGUGUGCCAUCGACCAGGACCCCUACUUCAGAAUGACGAGGGACGUCGCCCCCAGGAUUGGUUAUCCAAAGCCAGCCCUGCUGCACUCCACCUUCUUCCCCGCCCUGCAGGGCGCCCAGACCAAGAUGAGCGCCAGUGACCCCAACUCCUCCAUCUUCCUCACCGACACGGCCAAGCAGAUCAAGACCAAGGUCAACAAGCACGCGUUUUCUGGAGGGAGAGCCACCGUCGAGGAGCACCGGGAGCUGGGGGGCGACUGUGACGUGGACGUGUCCUUCAUGUACCUGACCUUCUUCCUCGAGGACGACGACAGGCUCGAGCAGAUCAGGAAGGACUACAGCAGCGGCGCCAUGCUCACCGGGGAGCUCAAGAAGGCGCUCAUCGACGUCCUGCAGCCCCUGGUAGCUGAGCACCAGGCCCGGCGCAAGGAGGUCACGGACGAGGUCGUGAAGGAGUUCAUGAGGCCCCGGAAGCUAAUCUUUGACUUUCAGUGAAGCUCCUUUACAAGCAACGUGCUCCUCGAGAACCGUAACUUCCCAAUAAUCCCAGCCCAAGCAAAGCGCCACCCACGGUAGUCCCUGCCACAGGGUCAUUGCCAGGCCUGGUGUGUAUCAGUCUGUGCGUUAUCAAUGCUGUUUCUUUAUUCAUUUCUGUCUCUUGUGGAUGAUCGGGUGUUGGCUGUCUCUGUGCAAUCAGAUAGAGCAGUCCAGCUGGGGGUCUCCCCACAAAGCAGCCCUGGCAUGGAGCCUUCGGCUGCAGGUCCAUGGCCACUGAGGACUGUCUGAAAGUAUCGUGGGGUGCCAAAUGUAUUCUCCACACCUGCUCUGUAAAAAAAUGACUCUUCUGUAUGCAUCUAUGGAAUCCAAAUGUCAUGACUAAAACUAAAAGUGCUUGAAAAAAAUGGACGUGAAAA